AUGAGGCUGCUUCGAGCUGACAACGACGGCGAAGUCUCUCUGGUAGGCCCGUUCGCCAGGGAAGAAACUCCACGUUAUGCUAUCCUGUCGCAUACCUGGGGCUCCGACCGCGACGAAGUGUCCUUCACAGACUUUCAAUCCGGCAUCGCCAAGUCCAUGGCCGGCUACAAAAGGAUUGCCUUCUGCCAACAAAGAGCAGUCGCCGACGGUCUCAACCACUUCUGGAUCGAUACAUGCUGCAUCGAUAAGAGGAGCAGUGCAGAGCUCUCGGAGGCCAUCAACUCCAUGUUCCGGUGGUAUCGGGAGUCUGACCGGUGCUACGUCUACCUCGAGGAUGUAUCCAUAUCCAACAGAAAUGAUUUUAUGGCCAUCUUUUGUGCCAGCCGCUGGAUGACCCGAGGCUGGACGCUGCAAGAGCUUCUUGCCCCGUUCUCGGUCGAGUUCUUCUCCGUGGAGGGAGAGCUCUUAGGUACCAAAGACUCGCUUGGCGAGCUCAUCAGCAAAGCGACGACAAUUUCUGUUGCAGCCUUGACUGCGCUCACGCCAAUGACCUUCUCGCGCCAUGAGCGUAUGCGCUGGGUUCAGAGACGCACAACCAAAAUUGAAGAAGAUAUGGUCUAUUGCAUGCUCGGACUCUUCGAGGUGAGCCUGCCGCUGAUCUAUGGCGAAGGCCGCCAAAAUGCUCUGGUACGACUUGAUGAGGCUGUCAGUCGUCGGGUGGCAUACACGUCUGCGCGCACUCUCGGUAAGUAUAGUCAGUAG